AUGUCGACCGCCUCGCCGCAUGCGCAGGAUCCAUAUCUAUCGGCCCCGUCCGACCAAGAUGAACUUGACUUCCAGGCCAGCGCAAUCCGCCUAACACCCAUGGGUGGCAGUCCCAACCAGAGUGCGGGCACCGGUUCAUCGCCGAACGACCGACAAAACCCCGCGGCCAUGGACUAUCGCGCAAACACCUCGUCCCCCUCAAAUCCGGUCUUUUUGGGCCCGCAGGGUUACACCCUCAGUGCUGGUGCUGGUGCUGGUGCGGUUGGCGCCUUUCAGAAUCAACGGUCUUCGUCGCGAACCGCCCAUGGUGGUGCCACGGCGCCAACCACCCAAGCUUGGUCCUCCUCUAUGGCCGUGAACCCUUCCCAGUUGCUGACGCCGGAACCCACGAAUAACAAUCCUACACCAACUCAGGCGCAAGCCAGUCUUAGCGUUUCGCAAGAUGCGCACUUUGGGCCGUCGCGCCCCCGGAUCUCCACGAGUAAUCUGGACGCGAAUACUAAUGGGAGCCCCAUCGUGAUGGUGGAAGAGGUGUCGCGGGGGGACUCCCCGACAGACGUCUAUCCCCCCAAAAAGCGUUUUAGCAGAUCACCUCUGCAUCUCUCCCCUCAAGGCCCUGGUGAACUGUCCAGUGAAUCGGAAGAUAAUGACACCGAUGACCAUCGGUCGAUUUCUUCGCUGUCUGUGGUGCGGUCUCACGACGGCGCCUGGUUGGCGGACCCUUCUACCGGCCAGGGAGGCUUGGGCCCGCAAUCCCGCGGGGACGAGUAUGUCCCGAGUCCAAACCAGGUCAAGAACCAGCACGACCGUCAAGAUAGAAACGCCGAUAUCACCAUUUGGUCGGCGACGGUGAGCGCAGCAACCGACGGAGUCGGCAAUGCACUCGGCAUUCCGUCGCAUCGCAGAAAUCAGGCAGGCUCUCGCUUGAGAGCAAGGAGUACUGGAGAUCGACCCCUGCAGCAGCAAGACUACCUUAGUCUGAAGGGUGAUAAGCGCACCCCGGGUCCUGGAGUGUUGAUUCACGAGAGCAGUGAGGAGGAUCUCAGCGAAAAUGAGUCUGAAGUCUCCAGUGACGAGGAGUCGGCUCCCGUCAAUGUCAAUGACACUGGGUAUGACAUUUCCAAACAGGAACCUUUCCCGUCAGUUGACCUGACCUCUACCGACGACGAUGGUUUCCGUCUUUAUCCAUGGCAAGACCCGCCACGCAAUCCAGCCCCUCGAACAGAACAGUUCCAGCCUUCGAGUUCCCAUGCAGCAAUGGUUGCCUUUGAAUCGCGGGUGCGAGAUUUGGAGACCGCAUCACUUGCGGCGACCAUUGAUAACAAUAGCAUCAUCAACGUGAGAGCUACGCUGGAAAAUUUUUCGCUUGAAGAUCGGCCCAAAAAAGCAGAGAGACGACCUAGCCUUCUGAAGCGUCCUUUUUCAAAAUUAAAGCGCCAGGCGUCGGACCUGUCCCUCGGUCAAUCGAACUCCCCUUCCAAGUCCAAAGAGGAUCACCCGGAACCUCAACGGAAAGAUAGCGGCAAUUCGCCACGCCAUCGUCUGAGCUUGCACAAACACUCGCGAGGAUCGAGCAUUAAUAGUGCAGUUAUAGCCAUGUCAAGCCAAAUAGCGGCGAUUGGCAGCAAUCACUCCGCUCGCGCCGCCUCACCCAACACAGAGGCUACCCCCAUGUCUCUUUCGGUCAAGGGCCGUCCUCGAGCCCGUAGUGAAGUUCCGCGACCGGCGAGCCCGGGACUCAUGGAUCUCAUGACCAGCCAUGGUGGUCCACCUGUUGCCAACCUCGCACACUCGGCAAAACCUGGGUCUGACACAGAACAAAGCCCGGGGAGCACAGCUCGCGGAGCUGAAGGCCCUGAAGGUGCCGAUGACGAUGACGAGACGGGCAUGGGUGAUGACUCGGGGCUUGUGAUGGACUUCCCUGCGGUAUCACGUCUCCCUGUUCCUACCAUUGAGGGAUUUAAAGCGCAGAUCAUGCAGUUGAACCCGCUGCUCGAGCCGGCAUUGAUUCAUCGCUUUGCCAACGAGCAACUUCGGCGGUAUGAGAACCUCGUCAAGCUCCAACAAAAGCACGCGCAAGCUCUCACGAAUCGUUCUUGCCGCUCGGGCAAGUUCUGCUUUGCCUUGGGAGGAGACGCGUCGUUGUUGCAACUUCGCAAGCAGCCUGCGAACUCCGACACGGGCAAUACCCAGUUCAGGGUGACAGAUUUCAACCAGGGUCGCGAUCAGCCCUAUGCUAUGGUCGAAGGAGCCAUCGCUGCGGCUCAGUUCCCUCCCGGGGUUCCCCUUCCCCCGGUUUCGCGACUCCCUGCCCAGUUCGAGUGUCCCAUCUGUUUCGAGGUCAAGAAAUUCCAGAAACCAUCCGACUGGUCUAAACAUGUCCACGAGGAUGUGCAGCCGUUUACCUGCACAUUCCCCCAAUGCAACGAGCCCAAGUCGUUCAAACGGAAAGCGGACUGGGUGCGCCAUGAGAACGAGCGGCACCGGCAGUUAGAGUGGUGGACCUGCACAUACCCCGAUUGCAGCCACACGUGCUACCGAAAAGACAAUUUUGUGCAGCACCUGGUACGCGAGCACAAGAUGCCCGAGCCGAAGAUGAAGAAGAGCAAGGCUUCGGCUUCGGAAAAGCCUUCAGAGGCCCAACGAGAACGGGACAUCGAGCGACUUUGGGAGAUGGUCGAGCAAUGCCGACAAGAAACCAAGCAGCGCUCAGAGCAGGAGCGGUGCCGGUUCUGCGGAAAUAUCUGCGGUAACUGGAAAAAGCUCACGGUCCACUUGGGCAAGCACUUGGAGCAAUUGGCCAUGCCGGUUCUGGAACUGUCUAAGCAAAGCGUUGCCUCAUCCAGCACCGCUCUCCACCCAACAACAACAACCAGCGCAGCAAACGUCGGCUCUACCGCGGGACCGGAACAACAAGCUCCGCUUGCUGCAGCAUACCAGACUAGCCUGCAAACGCAUUUCCAGCAGGGGCAGUACCCGAUCAGCAACACCAGCCCGCCGGUCACUGGUGCGAACCCCACAAUACCGUUCGAGGUUCCACUUCUCAACUACACAUCCAUAUCUGGCGAGCAAUUCUCAAUGGAGCCGGAGCCGAUCGCCGAUUCUGGUGAACAAUAUCCGGGGUAUGCUGUGGACCAGUUCGGGCAAUCAGCUGCGCUUCACCCGGCCCAGGCCCAGACCACCCCCCUGCAUGCGAACUCGGUUUCCUACCCGCCGCCCUACAACGCAGUGCCCAGGCCGCGAACUCCGGACCCGAAUUCAGGCGUGCUGCAGGAUUCGUAUUCCAGCAUAGGAUCCCAGUACCCGGCUCAACAGGUGUCCAUGUACCCCACCCAAGAGAGCUAUUCCGGGUACCACCCGUCCAUGGCGUAUACGUCUGCUUCUUACUCUUCUGGGUAUCCCGCCACACAGAUGUGA